AUGUGGGGAAAUCUCCAGCGCACGUUCAUCAACAUUGUAAAUACAUGGUUGUUAUUGCGACAGUUCCUUGCCCUAAUUCCAAAAAGAAUACUGAGAGAGUGCAAGAUGGGUUCGAGGAAAUUCCACAAGAAAUAUAACCAAAUCACAAAGGGUAUCGGAAAAGUGCAGAGCAGUGAUUGCUGGGAAGGAAGUGGCAGGAGCGCUUUCAAAGCAGACAAAGGGAGAGAGGAGCCGCGACAUGGAAAAUUGUGGUUUGAACUCUUCAGCCAUGAUGUUGCUCUCUCACCUUGUCUCAUAUUCAUUGAUCAUUUGAAGAAGACCACGAGUGAGACAGGAGUGGUAAUGGAAACGUUGAACAACCAUGGCGUCCCUGCUUAA